UCAUAGCUUUUGCUACUUGCGAAUUAUCUGCAUUAAGAAAAACAUUGUGCUAUCCCUUUGGAAGAGACAGACAUGGCAUCGAAGGCAUCGCUCGAGGUUAGUUCUUUGCUGGUUCCGAGUGUCGUAGAGAUGGCUAAAGAAUCAUCGACCUCCAUCCCCGGUAGAUACCUUCGAUCCGACAUCGAAAAAGCAGUGGUUCCCAAUGGCGAUCAGGUUCUGGAAAUCCCAGUCAUCGACACGCAGAAGCUGGUUUCUGGUGGACCAAACAAUCCCGAAGUGGAAAAGCUUGAUUUCGCUUGUAAAGAAUGGGGAUUCUUCCAGCUGGUUAACCACGGAGUGGACUCGACUCUGUUGGAGAAUAUCAAGGCGGAGAUCGAUGCGUUCUUCAAGCUUCCGAUGGAGGAGAAGAAGAAAUGGUGGCAGUCACCCGGAAACGCCGAGGGAUUCGGGCAAGCUUUUGUUGUGUCCGAUGAUCAGAAGCUUGAUUGGGGUGACCUCUUCUUCAUGGUCACUUAUCCUCUCCGUCUUCGAAACCCUCGCAUGAUCCCCAGCCUCCCUUCUCCUUUGAGUGAAUUGAUGGAGCGUUACACGUCCGAGUUAAACAAUCUAUCAACAGGUAUGUUAGAAAAGAUAGCAGAAGCCCUGCACAUGAAAGCCGAGGAAAUGAUGGAAUUCGUCGGAGAGGGAAGGCAAACGAUUAGGAUCAACUGUUACCCCCCAUGUGAGCUGUCUGACCAGGUCAUGGGACUCACUCCUCACUCGGACGCCACACUCAUCACCAUUUUGCUUCAGCUCAACGAUGUCGAUGGUCUCGAGAUAAGGAAAGAUGGGAAGUGGGUUCAAGUUCAACCCCUCCCGAAUGCCUUCAUUAUCAACGUCGGCGACAUUUUGGAGAUCAUAUCGAACGGACGGUACCGUAGCAUCGAGCAUCGUGGGACGGUGCACCCGGUAAAGGAACGGCUCUCGUUCGCGACGUUCUUCGGGCUGGGGUUAGAUGGCGAAUUUGGCCCUGCACCGAGCUUGAUCUCGGAACAGUCGCCGGCAAAGUUUACGAGGGUGAAAGUUCAAGAAUUCUACAAAGGCUUGUUCUCUCGUAAGCUUCAGGGGAAAGCUUAUGUUGAUACCUUUAAAAUUCAACGGGAUUGAGGAUUAAAUCAGCCGAUUUUCUAGUAAUCACGGAUCAAGUCUCUACUCUUUAGAAUAAACUGCAUAUACAUGCAUGCAUGAGUGUGUUUUAUAGUAAACUAAAGCAAGUAGUAUACUUGGAUAAACUUGCAAAAAUAUAUGUUGU